UUAUCAGGUACAGGAACCUCAGUUGAAAUGAAUGUGGAACAGCCAGUCUCUUCUGAAUCACAUAGCUCCAACCACGAGAUGAAACAUGAGGGAGAACAAGAGUCGCAAGACGUCGCAAACAAAGAACUCAUCCAAUUAAUCUGUGCAACUUGUCAUAAAGGUUUUGACUCUGAGGAGCAAUUUGCUAUCCACCUCUGUCCCAGCCACCCAAAUGGUGGCAGUCAUGCAGAACUACCAGUACCAAAAGACUCCACUAUUGUUGGACUUGGUCAGCAACGUAAUGUUGUCAAGACCAGUGGUCAUCUUUUAUCAGGCAUGACUGAGCAACCAAGUUUGGUCAAGGUUUCCCAAAAAUCCCAGGUUGGGGAUCAGCUUUCUACCCAUAGAGUUAAUAUCCAGACAGUUUCAACAAGUCAGAUGUAUCAUGAUGCAUCAUUACUUAGCAAUCAAGAACAAAAGAAUGAAAGCACUGCCAACAUGAUAGGAUCCACAGUUUUGGAGGCUUCUAUAGAAACUACAGUUCAGUCCUCUCAAAAAAGCACAGCUUGCUCUUUGAAUUCUCAAUUAAAAACACCUCAACAUAUUGACAGCAGUCAGGUUUUGCAUCAAAAUGCAGACCAGGUGUUGGACACCAUUCAGGGUUCUCAGCUAGAUACAGUUCAGUUUUUGGACACGAGUCAGGAUAAUGAGUAUAACGCAGAUCAAAUUUUAAGUACCGCUCAGGGUUUCCACAUGAGGGUCACUAGUCAGGUCUCUGAUAUUAAUACAGAUCAGUUACCGAGCACCAGUGAGGGCUCUGAAACUAUCACAGAUGAGUUGAUACCUACAGAUUGUGAUAUUCAUCUAAAUACAAACCAGUUAUUCAACACUAGCCAAGCAUCUGAGUCUAAUUUAGACCAACAGUUGUACAUCAGUCAAGGCUUUCAAGCUAUUACAUCCCCAUUGUUAGAUACUACUGAAGGGUUUGAAACUAAUGUAGACCAACAAAUGGACACCAGUCAGGAUUCUGAAUCCAGUAUAUACAAGUUCUUGGAAACCAGCAAGGAUCCUGAAACUAACACAAAUCAACUACUGGACACCAGCCAGAAUUCUCAAUCCAGCAUAGAAAAGCUCUUGGAAACCAGCAAGGAUCCUGAAACUAACACAAAUCAGUUAUUGGACACCAGUCAGAAUAUUGAAACUAACACAUACCAAUUAUUGGACACCAGCCAGAAUUCUGAAUCCAGCAUAGAAAAGUUCUUGGAAACCAGCAAGGAUACUGAACCUAACACAUACCAAUUAUUGGACACCAGCCAGGAUUCUGAAUCCAACAUAUACAAGUUCUUGGAAACCAGCAAGGAUUCUGAAUGCAGCAUAGACAAGUUCUUUGAAACCAGUAAGGAUCCUGAAACUAACACAGAUGAACUAUUGGACACCAAUCAGAGCAUUGAAGCAAACAGAGAGCAAUUGUUGGACACCAGCCAGGAUUCUAAACCUGAUGUAGACAAUCUUUCACACAUCAGCCAGGAUCCUGAAACUAAUGUAGUUGAAUUGAUAAAUACUAAUCACAGUAUUAAAGCUAACACAAAUCAAUUCUUGGAAACCAGUCAGGACUUUCAGUCAAAUGUAGACGAGCUCUUGUAUACCAGUCAGGAUUCUGAACCCAGCCUAGACAAGCUUGUGGAUACUAGCCAGGAUUCUGAAACUAACACAGAUAAACUGUUGAACACUGGUCAAAACACUAAAAUCAAUGUAAACCAAUUGUUUGAUACCAGCCAAGACUCUGGACCUUUAGUAAACAAGCUCUUGAAUCCUGGCCAAGAUCGUAAACCUAACACAGAUGAACUACUGAACACCUGCCACAACUCUGAUGAAGCUAAAGUAGAGAAGCAUUUGUGUAGCCAAGAUCCUGAAACUAACACAGAUGAACUGCUGGACACCAGCCAUGACUCUGAUGAAUCUAAAGUAGAGAAGUAUUUGUGUAGCCAAGCUAACACAGCUGAACUGUUGGACACCAGCAAUGACUCUGAUGAACCUAAAGUAGAGAAGCUUUUGUGUAGCCAAGAUCCUGAAACUAACACAGAUGAACUGUUGGACACCAGCCAUGACUCUGAUGAAUCUAAAGUAGAGAAGCAUUUGUGUAGCCAAGACCUUGAAACUAACACAGAUGAACUGUUGGACACCAGCAAUGACUCUGAUGAACCUAAAGUAGAGAAGCUUUUGUGUAGCCAAGAUCCUGAAACUAACACAGAUGAACUGCUGGACACCAGCCACAACUCUGAUGAAUCUAAAGUAGAGAAAAGUUUAUGUAGCCAAGAUCCUGAAACUAACAUGAAUCAAUUGUUGGGUACCAGUCAGAACAAUGAGGUUAUCUCAGACCAGUUGUUGGACACUAGCCAGCAUUCUGAAUCUAAUGUCAAAGAUCUAUUGGAGACCAGGCAGGAUCCCAAAACUAACAUGGAUCAACUUCUGGACACCAGUCUAGACUCUCAACCUAAAGUUGAAAAGAUUUUAGAAACCAGGCAUGGUCCUGAAAAUAAUUUGGAUAAAUUGUUAAAUACCUCAAAAACACAACCCGCUCGGGUAAUGGACACCAGUCUUAAUUUUGAAAGUGAUACAGACCAAUUGUUGAACAUCUGUCAGAACUUUGAAGUUAACACAGACAAGGCCUUGGACAACAGUGAGAACUUUGGUGUUAACCAGAUACUGAAUAUAACUGAGGACUUUACUGAACAUACAGAGCAGUUAUCAACCACCCAUCAAGUCUUUGAAGAUAACACAAACAAGAAAGUCAGUUCUAUUCUGGACAUUAACUCAAAUCAGAAUCUUGAAGAUAAAACAGUUGGAAUAGUUGACAGUUAUCAGGAUUUAGAAGCUAAGUUAUACGAGGUAAUGAACUCUAGUCCUGAUACUAACCAGAAAUGCAGCACUAGUCAGGAAUUUGAACCUGAUACCAUAGACGUUUAUGACACCACACAGGUUUCAGAAAGUAAUGCAGAUCAGGCACUAAAUGUUAAUCAGGACUUUAAAGCUAAUGCUUACCAAAUACUUGGCAUCAUUCAGGAGUCUGAAGCUAAUAAUGACCAAGUUUGCAACACCAAUCAGGUCUGUAAAGCUAAUACAGAGCAGGCAAUAGAUAUCAAUCAGGGUAUGAAAACUAAUGCAGACCAUGCACUAGACAUCACUCAUGACAUUGAAUCUGAGACAGACCAGGAACUAAAUGUCAAUCAGGGUGUGGAAGCUAAUGCAAAUCAGGAACUAGACAUCAGUCGGGAUACUGAAUCUGAUGAAGACCGUGCACUGGGCAUCAAUCAGGACAUAGAAUCUGAUACAGACCAGGAACUAGACAUUGGCCAGAAUGCUAAAUCUUGUACAGACCAGUUACUAGAUGUCCGUCAGGGUGUGGAAGCUGAUACAGACCAUGCACUAGACAUCAUUCAGGACAUUGAAUCUGAUACAGACCAGGAACUAGAUAUCAGUCAGGGUGUGGAAGCUGAUACAGAUCAUGCACCAGACAUCACUCAGGACAUUGAAUCUGAUUCAGACCAGGAACUAGACAUCAGUCAGGACAUUGAAUCUGAUACAGACCAGGAACUAGAUAUCAUUCAGGACAUUAAAUCAGAUACAGACCAGGUACUAGAUGUCAGUCAAGAUAUGGAAACUGAUACAGACCAUGCUCUAGACAUCUCUCAAAACAUUGAAUCUGAUACAUACAAAGUACUGGAUGUUAAUCAGGACAUUGAAUCUGAUACAAGUCCUGCACUUGACAUCAGUCCAGAAUUUCAAGCUAAUAUAAAUCAGGUCUAGGACAUCAGUCAGGGUGUGGAAGUUGAUACAUACUAGGUAUCUAACACUAGUCAGGGUUUUAUUGUAACUGCAGACCAGUUAUUGGGCUCUGUCUAUCAUCCUAAAAUAGUACUGGAAGAACAGUAAAAAAAAACACAGAACAAGGAUUUUAAAAACCAAAAUGAGUUCUGGGGCACAAAUCCAGCAUCUAAAGAAUAUAAUUUUGUGCUUGUAGAAUCUGAAGAAGUGGUGUUUGAAAGUUAGUGGAACACGAAUGGUUAUUUACACCAAAACGUUGGCCUCGUGAAUUUCCACUCAGAAGUAGAUAAACCACUGAUACAGAGAUUAGUACUUUUAUAUCCCUGAACUCCAAGUCCAGCUUAGAAGAUUCUUUUCUUUUUUAUAGUAGGUUUGCCUAAAAACAAAUACAUAGCAGCUUGUGACGUUGACUUGCUGAUUGCAACAAGAAUUAGAAUACUGAAAGAGUAACCAGUGAACUCAAGUCUCUGGAGCUUCUAGCUACUAAGUUUCUAAAUACUGAUCAGAGGCCAGUGAUAGCUCUCUAAUGAUCUUUGCUGAUUGAAACAUCUGAAGAACCUUAAACUGAAGUGUAAUUUCUUAAGUAUAAAAGAAAAAAUGACCAGUAAUGGUUCAGGCAGUGAUUUUUGUCAACUAGAAUACCUGAUAAACAUCAGUGACCCUAUUGGUGUAUAAGCUCCUGGGUAUUAAUCAGAGGCCAGUAAUAAUUUUCAUAAUCCUCUGAAAAAUCUAACUGAUAUUGGUGAACUGCCGAUAUCCAAGUUUAUGGUUACUAUUCAAGGUAUGUGGACAGACCUGUCAGUGAUCUCAUUCUGGUGGACCCUUACUGGGAAAGGCAUGUUCUUAAAAGUUAUCAGUUCUAGGGUCUUGUAAUGUUAGUCCACUGGACUUCAACACCUGGAGAUCAUUAAUGUCCUUUAUUCAACAUAUUGGAGUUGCCCUCUUGUGGUAGUUUUGUAAUAAUGAUAAAAGCACUGACAUUGGUGAACGAACUACCUGAACGUUUCAGUUAUCCAAUACUUGAUACCACAGAUUUGAAAAACUGCCCUGUAAACUAUUCAAGUACACAGUUUAGUGAGACAAGUUGCCCUCUUGUUUAAAAAAAGAACAUUGACACCUGACAUACUCUCCAUCUGGACACUAGUGGACACUACUUAGAAUGAAACCUUCACAACUGUGGGUCUGCAUAGUUCGGCAGCUCAUUUGAACUUGGUGAAUCUGACCUGUUUUUGUUCUGUGUGUAAAAUAUACAGUACGGUGAGAGGGUGUAUUCUGAAGCAACUGUAAUAUAUUCUUGCUUAUUUUCAUUUGUGUAUUUAUUAUUUCUGGUUGAAACUAAUUUUCAAUUAAAUUUUGUCAAGAAGUAAAAACAUAGGAUAUCAAUUCCCAUUGAUAGUUAAACACGAAAGAAAGGCUUAGGUAUACAGAAUUUUCAAGCUUAUGUGGUAGUUCAAUAGAGAUUGUAGUAAUGCUUCUGUUGUUCACUUAGACUUUUUUAGAAUUAAAUAAAGGAGGAAAUAUUCUUCCGAAUAAUUUUCCAAAAGUUGCAGGAAUAAUUUUGAGAUUUUGAAACUCCGAGAAGAAUACUGCAUUAAGGGAAGAUAAAAAUAUUGAAGAAAAAACAAUAUUAAGUAUUGGGUUUUGUCCUAAAGCUGUGGUGCAGUUCACAACCAAUCAGACAUAGGGAAAAUCUAGGGUAAAAUUUUAGAAAUCAUGAUUUAAGAUAUGGGGGGGGGGGGUCUUAAUUUUUUGGAAGAAUAUUUACACCUGCUUAAAUAAUGCAUACAUAUAUCUCUUGAUCGAUACUAGUCUUCAGUUAUUAUGCAUUUUUUUUUCUUGUAAUGAUUAGAACCCACACACCAAUGACUUACUGUUCCAUUCUGUCAAAACAUUUUAGUGUUGUUUUUCUUUUUGUAGCUGAAUUUAAUAAGUUAUAAUUUACAUAUAUUUGUAUUCAAAAACGUUUCUAGGGUCAGCACUUAUAACAGUUUGGUCUUAUUGAGUAUUGUAAUUGGGUUAAUGUAACUGUUUUUAAUACUUUUUGAACAAAUAUAAUGUAACUGUUGGUAAUAUAGAUCAUUAAAUGUUGAGAGCUCUAACAAGCAGGAUAGGGUUACAUUGCUCCAUUAUUGUUUUUUUGAUCACACAGUGUAUUACAUAAAUGGUUUUAAUAUUGAUUAAGUAUAUGUUGAGUGAAGUUACAUAACAAGGUUAUUGACAUUAUCUAUAUAAAGACUUCAGCCUCUUACAAUUAUACUAAAAGGGAAGAAAAACAGAGGUGAGAGAACUGACACUAAAAUAUGAGAAGUCUUUCCAACUGUUUCCCAGAGUUGGAUGCAUGGGAACGUUUCAGUAAAGUAAAGAACACUGGUUGUUACUCUUUGGUAUCUGUUGUCCUUCAGUUUGUAAAGUUUUAAGGUUAUGUUAUGAACUAUUAAACCUACUGAAAAUUGGUUGUAUGAAAAUGUUCUCACAUUAAUAUUGUUUGGUAUUUAAUUGGUGGAUAAAGUUAAAUAUUCUGAACUGCUUGUGUCCCCUUUGGUGUUUUAAAACAAUGUUACCUUUGUACUUCUUCAAAUGAUUAUUGUUUAAAUGUCAGUUGCUUUAGAGAAAAACGUACAACUAUUUGGUAGAUUUUGAGUUGCUGUUGUGUAUUUUCAAAGAAUAUUCUUUGAAUAAACUAGUAUCACAUUGA